AUGCAUCACUCUCCCGUUGCCAUCUUUGCCACCAUUGCGUCCGAUUCAACAACAUCGUCAUCCUUUCAGACGAUAGUAUUCUACAACAUUGUCACAAACGUAGGCGGGGGCUACAACCCGAGGACAGGCGUGUUCCUCACCCCGACCAACGGUCUAUACAUGUUCUCAACUUCUGUCAUGGUUAAACUGUCCACGCCGACAACCAACACUCGAUUUAAAAUAAGGAAGAACGGCAGUCACGUAGCGUCCCUCAUGGCCAGUGACAUUGAGGGUAACUGGGAGACAGUCUCGGGCACCGUCAUUCUCCCGUUGCUAGUCGGGGAUACUGUUAAAGUCACAUGCGUUGAAAGUCGGCGCUUCAUAAGCGGUGGUCACUUUACUUUCUUUUCUGGUACUAAAUUGUCAUCAGUGCAUAAAUAA